UUUCGAUCUUGUCAAACCUCUGGCCGCACCGGCGUGGCUGGUGCGGGCCGCACAUUGGCGCUCCCACGGCAUCGUGUUUGAUCUCGUCGGGCAACAAGCCUGGCAGAUGCUACGCCACCUCACGCUCCGGACGUUAUGGAACCAACGGUGUCGCAAGAUUCACGCUCCUGACGACGUGCUGCCGGACCACACGCACGUUCGGUACGCUACUUUGGACUUGCGAGGCGCAACGCCAGUACCACACUCGACGCCACCACGCACUCCGAGCUCGUGUCUUCGAGUCGCUCGUGCAGCAACACGGCGAGCACGCUGUUCUCGACCCGGUGUGCCACAUGACCUCGCUUGCGGGGGUCGCGUACUUUGAUGGCGCGGCUCGGAAAGAUCCGCACUGUGGCGGUAGUGGCUCGCUCGUCUUUUUGACCGAGCCGCCCCAGAGCGUGGUGUACCAAGCCAACUACCUUGAUACCGCGACAACGAACAACGAGACCGAGUACGACGGUCUGAUCACGGCGCUCCAGUUAGCUCAGCGACUGGCAGUGACGCAUCUCACGGUGCGCGGCGACAGCAUGCUGCUGAUGCAGCAGAUGAAGGGCAUCUACCGGGUCCAAGAGGCUCGCUUGCAGAAGCUGCAUGUCCAGGCGCGGGAGCUCGCGGCAUGUUUUACGUGCACAUGGGAACACCACCCUCGCGAGUUCAACCAAGCCACGGAUCAUUUGUCCAAGCUCGCACCCGACGACUGCACCUCGUACGCGCAUCCCGACGACGGACGGCACGAUGUACUGCCGGCCGAGGAACUCCUGCACGUUGAAGAGCUUUUGGCCGCCGACGUUCAACACACAACUAGUUUUUAAGUCUUAGUAGGUGGAGUCUUUAGUCUGUAUAAAGAUUUCAAUCCAUAUCAUAUCAUCUUGUCAAA